AUGGAUCCGUCUCAGUACAAUCCUCCGGCCAUACAGGAUGAUCCAUCGGCCAAGCGCAAACGCGCCGGAAGAAAGUAUACAUCUCGAGCCUGUGAGGAGUGUCGUCGACGACGAUCAAAGUGUGAUGGUGUACGACCGUCAUGUUCCCGGUGUCUUGAUCGCGGCGGUCGCUGCCAAUAUUCCACCGCUGAAGAUGGAAGGCAACCAGCGCCGAAGUCAUAUGUAGUGAUGUUGCGGACCCGAAUCGAGCUCUUAGAGCGUGUUUUGCGAAAUCAUGGAAUUGAUGCAGAAGCUUCCGUGGCAGAACUGAUGGCCGAGAAUGAACUUUCAAACCAUUCGGCAGAUUUUGAACAUGGAUCGCGUGUGGAUGAUCUAUGCGUUACUUUUGAUGGUGCACUCACUAUAGAUGAAUCCUUGAACUUUGAUCAGGAUGGCGAAGUGCGUUAUUUUGGACCGACCAGUGGACGCUUGUUGUUUCAGUCUUCGGCUACUACCUCUCCCGGGGAAGAUACUCCACCAACUGAUGCUUCCUAUACAGGAGGGUCUGGAGCCACGCCCGCCACCUCAAAUUUAUCCUCACAUUGUGUAACGCAAGCUCACGAAAGUCCGUUCGAGCAUGAUGCACCCUCGAUAUCAAAAGAGCUACAAGCCCACUUAAUUAACCUUUACUUCGACUGGGACCAGCCAUGGCUUCAAGUUGUGAAUGAGCAGCUCUUUCGUGAAAGUUUAGCAUCCGGAGGCCGGUAUUACAGUCCUCUCUUGCUGAAUUGUAUCCUUGCCGUUGGCUCUCGUUAUUGUGAUCGAAUCGAGGUCCGAACAGACCCAAAUGACCCCAACACAGCAGGUAAAAUGUUCAUUCGCGCAGCAGAGAGACUCAUCCAAAAUGACCUUCGCUGGCCCAAAAUCACAACAAUCCAAUCCCUGUCCAUCAUGGGCUUGUAUUACAUUGCAACGGGAUCUGAUGCCGCAGGCUGGCUUCAACAAGGAAUGGCCAAUCGUCUGGCCAUUGAUAUGGGACUCAACAUGGACCCUGUAGUUCUUACAGGGACUGUUUCCCUUCCGGCGAUUGAAAUCGAGUUGCGAAGGCAAAUAUAUUGGGCAUUGUACUGCCAUGACAAACUGUCGGCCUGCUACACAGGUAGGGUCUGUACUUUGUUGGACUCGCAAGGUGCUGUGAAUAAGCCUGAUCUGGAAUGUGUCUCUAACAUUCAUUUGCCUUCUGCGAAUGGCCAACCACGAGCAGCUAAUCAAAAGGCCGUCACUCAGCUGCAGAGAUCAAUGAUUGAUCUAUGCCGCAUCAUUGAGAAGAUUCUUCGUUCUCUAUGGUCCCCCAAACCACUUCUUCACUGCCAUCAACGAUGCGCAUUCUUCGACACCACCAUUCUUGAACUCAAAACAUGGUCCUACGACUUGCCAUCUGAGCUAAAGGUCAUCCGUGCAUCAGAGGUCUCUCGAUUCCCGCACGCAUAUACAUUGUCCAUGGUCUACCACCAGGCAAUGAUCCUACUCUGCUCCCCAUUCAUAUCCCACAAUCUACAAUACCCCAAAGAUGACACCAUGGUUUUUCCACCACUAAGCGAGGAUAAAACAACACGAAAUACACGAUACACCAAAGCCCUUUCGAGCUGUGGCAAUUCCGUUCGAUACAUGUGCUGCAUCGCACAAAAGUAUCGACAGACCUUUGGCAGCUUCAAGCUCAGUCCCAUCACAGCUACACAUUGCACGUUAUCAACAGCACUGAUUCUUAUAGAGUUAUGUUGCUCUAUGAAACCUGUCGCUAAGCAUUCACCCACAGAGAAUGGGCACCAGUUACCCCCACAUGCCGCCGUUGCACUAUGCUUCCAGGUUCUGCGAGAGCUAUCCACAUCCUGGAACAUCGCGAAGCGUAUUGGGAGGAAUCUGGAGAAGGUGUAUAUCCAGCGAUAUGGAUCUCAACACCUACCUUUUAUGCCGCAGGAGAGCGAAGUCAAUGGGAAAGAUCCACCACGGGGAUUCGAGUCCACAGCGACGGAUUUCACAGUUCCUAAUCUUGACAUAUUUGAUGAUAUCAUCAAUGCGAAAGCAUGUGCCACUGAUAAUCCGCUACAAUUCGAACUCGAAAAGCCUCUGUCGUUGCAUCAAGCAUCCAGUUUCAGCCGUCCUGGUAUUCCUGGAUUGGGCUACCCCUCUGAGGGUGUGCAGGACUGUCCAAAUUCGGACGAGAUAUUUGCGAAUAAUCUGGGAUUCGCGUUCUCUCCAGAUUGUCUACCCAGUGAUUACAAUAUGUUCGACACGUUGAAUCAAAUGUAUCUAGAGGAGAGUUGGUAA